AAAGACUGCAUUAGUUGAAUCGACUAUAAAACAUGUGGAAGGCCUAUUAAACAGUACUGCCAACAUUGUGCAAAGCUGACGUUUAUGUCGGCCAUUUUGCAGUUUUUACGGUAGCUGCGGUACACGUGUUCUGUGGCCACAAUGGUUGUUGCAAAGAAGCCCAUGGCUAAAAAAGCCCAGUUGCACCAGAAGACUGGUAAGAAAGGAGUCAAAGGUGGUAAAAUCCGCGGUAAAGGCAUCAAGCGGAAAAUUAACCUCAAAUUCACUAUUGACUGCACACACCCAGCUGAGGACAGCAUCCUCGAUGUAGCCAACUUCGAGAAAUACCUGAAGGAUCACGUAAAAGUUGAGGGUAAAACAAAUAACCUAGGUAAUCACGUUGUCAUCGCCCGGGACAAGACCAAGAUCGCCAUCAACGCAGACAUUCCCUUCUCCAAGAGGUACCUUAAAUACUUGACCAAGCGUUACCUCAAGAAGAACAACCUCCGUGACUGGCUCCGAGUGGUGGCUUCCGCGCACGACUCCUACGAGCUGAGGUACUUCAACAUCAACGCUGACAGCGACAAUGAAGACAAUGAGGAAUAAGCUGUUGAUACAAUAAAUAGUUUUACACUAA